AAGAAGAAGAAAAGCAGGAUGCGGAAGUAAACAAUCUUCGGCUGACGUGGAGCAGAAAGAAGUGGAGCUAAUACAACUAAUCUGAUUUAUACAACAUAUACUCGACAUUUUGUUGCUCUGAACACAGCUAGGAAGCGUAUCGAGUCGUAGUCGAUUGGACGACUCCUCCUCCCGUCCCGCAGCGAAAUGUCGUCGGUCGCAGCGGACACCAGCCGCCCGUUCGCCGGCCUGGCGUCGGUGUCGGUGCCGGAGGACAUCCCCGUGGAGGGCGACAUCACUGUCCCUGUGGCGGACUCGUCGUCCUCCUUCGGCGGCGGGCGCGACGACGACGAGCUGUCGACGCUGGACGAGCCGGUGAAAGAGACAAUCCUCCGGGACCUGCGCGCCGUCGCCAAGAAGUUCGUGCACGUCCUGUACCCCAAGCAGAGUUCGGAGCUGCUGCGAGACUGGGACCUGUGGGGCCCGCUGCUGCUAUGCGUCACCCUGGCGCUGCUCCUGCAGGGCGGCGCCGCCGCUGCCCAGCCCGGCGACCAGGGGGGUCCGCAGUUCGCAGAGGUGUUCGUCAUCGUGUGGUUCGGCUCCAUCAUCAUCACGCUCAACUCCAAGCUCCUGGGCGGCACCAUCUCCUUCUUCCAGAGUCUGUGCGUACUGGGCUACUGCAUCCUGCCGCUGACGGCGGCCAUGGUGGUGUGCCGCUUGGUCCUGUUGGGCGGCGCCGGCGCCGUCAGCUUCGCCGUGCGUCUGGCCGUGGUGGCGCCGUCCUUCGGCUGGUCCACCUUCGCCUCCACCGCCUUCCUGGCCGGCAGCCAGCCGCCCAAGCGCAAGGGUCUGGUGGUCUACCCCGUCUUCCUCUUCUACUUUGUCAUCGGUUGGAUGAUCCUCACGUUCUCGCCGGCGCAGUAGAAGAACGAGCGGCAGGUUGGCCAAAGGAGAAAAAGUGGAUUAUUUAUUGGAAAGGGUUCUUACUAAAUGUGUUACUCACAAAAACCUCCUGGUGUUGGGCUUUGUCAAAUUGAGAAAGAUAACCUCCAGACAACCAUUCAUCAAAAACAGAUAUUCCCCCCUUUUUGGGGGCAGUGACCCCAAAUCAAACUUGAAUGUUCAGCCAAUUGCACGGCACAUGUAGACAAGUAUUCGCAAUCACAUUCGCACCUACAGACAAUUUAGUCUUCAAUGAAGCUAACAUGAGUUUCUCGGGAAUGUGGGAGCAGGCCCGGGAAACUCGGACAAGCAUUCAAAUUCCACACAGGAAGGUCGGAGUACUCAAGAAAAGUCCAGAAAGGGCGGGAACGUUCAAGUAGGGCUGCACGAAUACGCUAGCCGGUUGACAGCCAGCAGAUCCUUCACUCUCAUUGGCUCAGGCCCACGUCACUCGCCAGGCCAGGGCCCGCCUUUUAAAGCCACACCACUCAAAAGUCACAGAUACUACUGUCAAACGUGCACAUUAUUGUGAUUAAUAAUGCAAAAUAAAUUUCUGUCCGAUUCAUCUACAAUCUAAAAUUGGACAUUCGAAUGCGAUUUUAACACAAGGCCAAAUUAAAUUCAUCUGUAAAGGUCAUAGUGCAUUUUAGUUUCAUCCCAAAGCCCAAUACGACAAAUGUUUUGUGAGGAGUGUGUGUGUGUUUUAUUGUAAUUUUAUUUUUUUUGUUACAGUGAAGACAAACACCCACUGGAAGACGACAAGACUUGUGUUUGUCUCGCAGAAAAUGACAAUUUGCCCUUUGUCCUUUACUUUUUUUCACAACACAACAGCAAAUAAAUAACCUUUUCGAAGCGUUUCUUACAGAAAAGAAGACCGUGUAAAUAUGAGGACUUAUCGGGCGACAAAACCGUUUUCAGAUCAGUUAGCAGCGUGUUUGUGUGAAAGGAUGUCGAAUCUGUUUCACGUGUGGUGACGGGAAUGUUGUCUGUUUUUUU